CGUCGCGGUCCGAGGAUGCGGGAGGCGCCCGCGCUGCCCCGCGGCCCCGCCGCCCCCGCCGCGCCCGCCCCCGGGCCCGUGCCCGUCCCCGGCUUCCUCGCCAAGCUCUGGGCCCUGCUGGAGGACCCGGACAGCGACGACGUCAUCUGCUGGAGCAGGAAUGGCGAGAAUUUCUGCAUUCUGGAUGAGCAGAGGUUUGCCAAGGAGCUGCUCCCCAAGUACUUCAAACACAACAAUAUCUCCAGCUUCAUACGACAGCUCAACAUGUAUGGUUUCAGGAAGGUGAUUGCUCUGGAGAAUGGUAUCAUUACAGCAGAGAAAAGCUCGGUCAUUGAGUUCCAGCACCCUUUCUUCAAGCAAGGGAAGGCACAUUUGCUGGAAAACAUCAAGCGCAAGGUGUCUGCAGUGAGAACUGAGGAUCUCAAGGUCUGCACAGAGGAUUUGCACAAAGUCCUGUCGGAGGUGCAGGAGAUGAGAGAGCAGCAGAACAACAUGGAUGUCAGGCUGGCUAACAUGAAGAGAGAAAAUAAGGCCCUGUGGAAAGAAGUGGCAGUUCUAAGGCAGAAGCACAGUCAACAACAGAAGCUGCUGUCUAAGAUUCUUCAAUUUAUACUAAGUUUGAUGCGAGGAAAUUAUAUUGUUGGGGUCAAAAGAAAAAGGUCUCUGACAGAUGCUGCAGGUGCUUCACCCUCCAAGUACAGCCGUCAGUAUGUCCGCAUCCCUGUGGAGAGUGGCCAAGCUAUGGCUUUUUCUGAGCAYAGUGCAGAUGAAGAGGAUGGAAAUGGUACAGGCCUGAUAAUCCGAGAUAUCACUGACACCCUGGAAAAUGCCACCAAUGGCCUCCUUGCUGUGGCACACACAAGUGGCAGAGCCAGAGAGCCACAGGCAGCUCUGGAUCCUGGCUUGCCUCUUUGUCAAGUAUCGCAGCCAAGUGAGCUAAACUGUGCAGAUCCUGUCCCAUCAGUUGCUAUAAACGAUGUCAGCAAAUCCGGUGAAAUAGGCACGGCAGCUGUGGAGCUCCACACUGCACAGCCAAGUGCUCCAGAGGAUCCUGUGUCAGUAAUUGACUCCAUCUUGAACGAGAACAACUCUGGAAACCAAAACGAUCCUUUGCUGGACAGAGAAGAAAUUCAGGAUUUUCUGAAUUGCAUCGAUGCCAGCCUGGAAGAACUGCAAGCAAUGCUGUCAGGGAAGCAGUACAACUUCGGUGCUGAGGCAUUCAGCGAUACAUUUAAUCCCGAGUUGCCAGCCCUGGAUAUGAACUUGAUGGAAACUCCCCCUGGUAUGGAAAAUAUGGCAAACUUGGCAGAGAGCACUGAAGGUCUGGGAGCAAGUGAGAGGGAAACAGCAGGAAGCAAAGAUAUGCAGCUGAUCCAGUACAGGGCCAACCCUCUGCUUUCCUUGUUUGAAGAGCUGCCUUCAGGUGAAGCUGCAGGGAAGGUGGAAGAUCCGAAAGACUUUCUGCUGCCUCCACUGGAGGAGAAACCUGUUCUCCAGCCUCCAUCAGCCAGUGGAACCGUUGUGCCACUUGCAGCUCCAGCAAGCCAGGCGGAGCCUCUGGACGCUCUGGGAAUGGGUGAUCCUCCACUCCUCCCAGAAGAUGGGAAUGGAGAGUAUAAACUGUUUCCACUCCUGCUUCUCAGUCCUGUUGCUAACUUCAUAGAUGAGGCCUCUGAGAUAGAAAUUUCUUGAACUCAUAGAACAUCUGUAACCGGCUUAGUGCUGUGGAAUAACCGCCGAAGGAGUGGAGCAGCAAAAAGUGUGAGCUUGGUCCUCACCUGCUUCCUGGGGACCCUGUUCUGYGCAAAUGGAAGUUCUCUUGCUGCAAGCAGGGAGCACAUCUGGGAGAACUGAACACAAGCUCAGCAACAACAAGAGCUGGUGGAGUAAAGGCACUAGAUAGAGGGGAAGAACAGCAACCCUGUAAACAUACCACAAUGUAUUCCAUAACUUUUUAUCCAAUAUUCUUAUUGCAAGAGGAAAUCUGUUUGUAUCCUGUUUGUAAAGUUUGGCUGGGUUUUUUUGUUGGGGGGUGGUGUUUAUUAGCUGGAUAGUAAUGUGGUGUGUCAUAUUUUAAACCUGGGUUUUACUCUUUGGAGAGCCUGCUUCAAUAGGUGGCUUGCCUACUGUUUGGAAUUAAGUUGUUUUUAAAUUUUGUUUUUGAGAUUUCUUUUUUGAUAGUUACUGGCUACAAUUGUUUGCAUCUGCUUAGAUCACUUUCGUACUCCUAGAUUUGCUCCUAGGUAUAGGGAACAUUUUUCCUAUGGAAAAUGACAUUUUAACUGUGGAGUAUUAUUUUUUAACAUGCUAGCACACAUCCAUUGCCCCGGAUUGUAGGAGUUGUGGUAGGAAGUGCUUGCCUCCCUGUGUAGCGCUGAUUUCUCAUGCACAUUGCAUGGCAGUUCCGGGGUAACCUGCCCCCAGUUCACAGGUCAUGUGUCCUUGGAGAUGGUCAGUAGGACUGAUUCAUGUUUAGMAAAGGCCAGCAGCUGUCCCUAAAAUGAGAAGGGGAGCCCUGGGAUGCCUUGCACUGACGCAGGAUGUCACAUUAAGGUAUCUCUGUGCUGGUAGCAGCCAUUGUUCCCUGCCCCUGUAUGGACACCAGGCUUCACGCUGCAAUUUCUGCCCAUGGAAUCCUAAAGCCAAAUUAACCAGAUGCAUCUGAGGCUUUUGACAAGGAAUUACAUCAACUAGUGUCUGUGUCAUCAAAAAGUUUCCCCAAAGUUUCUUUCUGCACUGUUUCCCAAGUUCUCCGAGCAGCUGUGCUGUGGAGCCCAGCCCACACAAACCUGCUGUGUGCUGAAGUCACAAUGAACUGCUGUGGCUGCAGCAGGCCUGGAUGCAGGUAGAAACCCCCUUGGAUAAUAUCACCUGAUAUUUCCUACCAGCACAAUUGCUUUAAAUUUUUUCCAAUUUUAGGAAUUCAAGCUGCCUGCAGGCUUUGUCCUCUCCAAUGUUCCUGAGCUAAUAAGUGCUGAGCUCUUACUAUUUGAGAAUACAAGGUAGAUACUCUGAAGCCUGCUAGAUAAUGCAUGUUACCUGUGCUGGCCUGACUGCGUUGGAUUUGUGCUUCAUUGUCAAAUCUAUGAGUUACAGAGGAAGCUCCUGCUCCUGAGUGUGUAACACCUCCAGUGUAAUUUUAAUUCUGUGCUUCUGUACCUGUUCUUAUCUCGUGAUCCUUCUUGUUUCCAUCUUUUGAAUUGCCUUUUGUCGAGUUUGUCUUAUUCAAGCCUUCACAGUCUUUCUUUCUCUGACUUCUUGAGGCCAAGGGCUGAGUAGUCUCAAGUUUUCAUGAGCUGAAGGGAGAGGGUGAGGUGAGCAUGUUACAUCUGUCCCAGGCUAGGUUUGGUUUGUUAAUUCCUUUCCAAAGGCCACAGUUUUAGCAAAAGUAAGACAGGGAAAGCCAGACUUUUCUGGUGUGCUGUUUGACAGCACCAUGCAGAUGACAGAGUUCUUUGGGAGGUUGAUCUGCACCUCUGACUCCCUGUGCAGGUUGGACUGUAAUUUCUGUUACAGAUUAAAGUCGUGUCCCUCUGUCACAGAGUCCUCUCCCCUCAGCGCAKCUCAUUGUCAGAUAUUGGGUCUGAGUGCAUCAUGGGUUUUUAAUACACUUUCUCUCUUAAGAAGUUAAGAAACCAAGGCUUAAGAAAAUUGCAAAAAAAAAAAGUUUGUUCAUCUGUGUGUCUGGUUUAUGUACUGGUAUGGGAAAARUAUUUGUGCAACUUUCCUAAGAAGGAUUGCAAUGGAAAGGGGAAGGCUGAAUAGCAAGAAAAACCCACAUGCUGAAGUAAUUAAACUCAAGAAUUGCA